CAAGAAAUGACUACUUCAAACCAGUCCUCAGUGAUUGAGUUUAUCCUUGAGGGGCUGACAAAUCGCCCAGAGCUCCAACUGCCACUCUUCUUCCUGUUUCUUGGGAUAUAUGUGAUCACAGUGGUGGGAAACCUGGGAAUGAUAAUUUUAAUUACUAUAAGUUCCGAACUUCACUCUCCAAUGUAUUAUUUUCUCAGUCACUUGUCAUUCAUUGACCUCUGUUACUCCUCUGUCAUUACCCCUAAGAUGUUAGUGAAUUUUGUGUCAGAAAAGAAUAUUAUUUCUUUUGUGGAAUGCAUGGUUCAGCUUUAUUUCUUUCUUAUUUUUGUAAUUGCAGAAGGCUAUCUUUUAACAGCUAUGGCAUAUGACCGCUAUGUUGCUAUCUGUAGUCCAUUGCAUUACAAUGUCAUAAUGUCUCAUAAGGUCUGUUCCAUAAUGAUGGCUAUAGUGUAUUCCCUGGGUUUCUUUGGGGCCACAGUCCAUACUACUCGCAUGUCAAUGCUGUCCUUCUGUGGGUCUCAUAUUGUCAGUCAUUAUUUUUGUGAUAUUCUCCCUUUAUUGACUCUCUCUUGCUCCAGUACCAAUAUCAAUGAAAUUCUGCUAUUUAUCAUUGGAGGUGUUAAUACCUUAGCACCUACUCUGGCUGUCUGUAUCUCUUAUGCUUUCAUUCUUUCCAGUAUCCUACAUAUUCGCUCAAAUGAGGGUAGGUCCAAAGCCUUUGGCACUUGCAGCUCCCAUCUCAUGGCUGUGGGGAUCUUUUUUGGAUCCAUAACAUUCAUGUAUUUCAAGCCUCCCUCCAGCAAUACUAUGGAGGAAGAGAAAGUGUCCUCAGUGUUUUAUACCACGGUUAUCCCUAUGCUCAAUCCCUUGAUCUACAGCCUGAAGAACAAAAAUGUGAAGAGUUCACUGAGGAACGUACUUAGUGGUAGGAAGUCAUCCUGA